AUGAAUGAAUGUUAUUAUUACCUACUGUUACUGAGUUUAUUCAGUAAUAUUCAACAUUCAUUAUCAUAUGAAAAUUUUGAACAAGAUUUUUUUAUUCAUUUACCAAAUAUAACUAUACAACAUGUAUGUGAAAAUGAUUUACUUUAUAUAAAAUGUUCAAAUAUAAAUGAAACAAUUCAAAUUAUACGUUCAAUGUAUGGACGAACAUCACAACGAAUAUGUAAUAAUAAUUUAACAUAUCGUUUUUUUGAUAAAACAUGUGCAAAUAUUGAACAAUCAAAAUAUCAAACAAAACUUCGUUGCCAUGAAAAAUCUACAUGUCAAAUAUUAAUUGAUAAUGAUAUAUUCACUGAUCCAUGUGGAUUAAAUAUUCCAAAACAUUUUGAAAUUCAUUAUCGAUGUAUUGAUAAAAAACAAAUUUGUUCAAAAUUAAUUCUUAAUUGUUCAAGAUCAAAUGAUUUAAAAUGUAUUCAAAAAAUUCAAGAAGAUUUUUCUUGUCAAUGUCCAUCAACAUUUUGUCAAUAUAAUAACAAUCAAAUAGUUGGAUUUAUUAAAAAAUAUUGUCCAGAAGAAAAACUUCAAGGUUUUCAUUGGCCUAAAACACUUAUUAAUAAAAGUCAAUAUCUUUCAUGUCCUUCUCCAUGCACUGGUCAAGUAAUUCGUUUUUGUAAUUUCAAUAGUCAAUGGUCAAAAACGAAUUAUAGCAAUUGUGAAUGUCCAAUAAAACAAUCUGAUCAAUUAUCAACACAUCGUUCAGCUAAUAGUUAUAUGUUUGAAUGUAAUUUUUGGCUAAUCGAUAAAAUAUUGCCUAAGGAUAAUUCAUGUAUUCUUUCAUUUAUGAAUUGGAAUGAAAAAUCAAAUGAUGAUUCAUUGAAUUGUCUAUUAAGUGCAUUUGAACAAAUGACAUUUCAAUCAUGUUCAUUAACAAAAUCAUUUAGUAUUGAUUUUCAAAAUUUAGCUUUUGAAAUUUAUAUACCAAUGAAUAAUGAAAGUAAAUUUCAUUUAUUAUCAAAUAUACAAUCAAAUCAAUUAAUUGUUGAUCGUACUGAUAUAAUACAUGAAAAUUUUCAUAUGAAUUUACCAAUAAUGGUUAUUGAUACAAAAAUGAAAAAUUCAAAAAAUAAAUCAAUUAUUUUAUUUGAACAAAAAAAUUAUUUAACUUCAAUACAAACAGCUAAUGUUACUAUUGUAUUCAAUCAUCGAUCAUUUGAUUUUCGUUAUCAAUGUCGCGCUUAUCGUUCAACAAAUUUCUCAUUACAUGUCGAUACAACAAAUAUGUUUUUUGCAUGUCAAUUAUUAUGUUCAAAUAAUAGCCAUGUUAUAUGUCAAUGUCCAUUUUUCAAUCCAUUCAUGCAUUAUAUUUUACAUAUCGAUACAACAAGAACUGAAAAUGAUUUAAUGAUUGAUAAUGAUUUAAAUGGAAAAUGUUUUGAAGAAAAAAAAUUUUUAAUUCAUGAAAAUUUAAAUAAAAUCGAUCGAUAUUUGAAACAUAUUUCAUCAUUAACUUUUGCAAAGAAACUUUUUUUAUUUAUUGAUAAAGUUCUUGAUAAAGAAAAUUUUUUUACAAAUUCGAAUAUUAUUGAUCGAUUUAUUAAACAAAUUGAAUAUCUUGGUUUUCAAUUACUUAAUCUAUCGAAUUCAUUUACUUCAAUUACAAAUCAUAUUGAAUUUUUUAUUAUGUCUAAACAAAUUCAAUUUGAAAAUAUUGAUCAAUCCGUAAGAAUAUUAAUUAUGAAUAAAUUAGAUCAAAAUCUUGAAUAUCAAAUUAUAUUUUUUACAAUUUCAAAUAUCAAUAUAAAUCAAUCAUUCAAUAGUCCAAUUGUUUAUUUGAAUUUCAUACCAAAAAUUAUAUCAAUAGAUAAUAUUCAAAUUAUAUUUCGUCAUUUAAAUCAAUCAAAUCAAAUACCACUUUGUGUUCAUUUAAAAAAUAUUCAACAUGAUCAUGCACAAUGGACUACAGAUGGAUGUCGAUUAUUAUUAACAAAUUUAACACAUUCGAUAUGUUCUUGUAAUCAAUUGAGUACAUUUGCUUUAUUUAUGGAUUAUCAAAAGAAAUCAAAUGAUAAUCGUUUAUUUUUUAUUUCAAAAAUUGGAUGUAUUAUAUCACUUGUUUGUCUACUAUUGACAAGUAUCAUAUUGAUCAUCAUACGAUUUCAUAUGGAUAUGAAUGAGGAUUUAACAAUGGUUCGUAAUACUCUUCAUAUGAAUAUGUUAUUAUGUUUAAUUAUUGUACAAAUAUUAUUUCUAUUUGGUAUUGAUCAAACAAAACAUAGAUUUGGUUGUCAAAUAAUAUCUAUAUUACUUGAUUAUUUUCUUUUGGCAACAUUUUCAUGGAUGUUUAUUGAUGGUGUUGAAUUAUUAUUUGCAUUGAAACAUGUAUUUAAAAUCGAUCGAAUACGUUUAAUAACUUAUUCAAUAUAUUCAUAUGGAUUUCCAUUAAUAAUUGUUUUUCUUUCAAUAGUACUAUCAACAAAAAAUAAAAAUAUUUCAAGUACAUAUUGUUGGUUAUCUCGUAAUAAUGCAUUUAUUUGGACAUUUGCUAUACCUUUUAUACUUAUAAUUUUUAUUAAUUUUUGUUUUUUUAUCAUAUCAAUUUAUUACAUAUGUAAAAAAAUCAAUUCUACCGAUCAAACAAAUAAAAUGAGUUUUUCUUUACGUAAUGUAUCAACAAUAUCGAUUCUAUUUGGUUUAACAUGGAUAAUUGCAUUAUUUUAUCUUUAUGAUCAAACUAUUUUAUUUGCAUAUAUAUUUACUAUAUUUAAUUCAUUUCAUGGCUUAUUAAUAUUUAUAUUUUAUUGUCUAUUACAAAAAGAUGUUCAAAAUUCAUUAAGAAAAUUGGAUAUUUAUAAAAAACAUCAUACAUUAUUCUUUCAUCAUUGUAUAAAAAGAAAUUCAAAUGGAAAUCAAAUACAUCAAAAAUCUAUUGAACAUUUUACUUUACCUGAUAAUACAAGUAAUAGUGAUUAUAGUUCAGGACAUUCAUUUGAUAUUACGAAUCAACAAAUAUUAUCUAAACAAAUAAAAAAUUUAAAUACAACUUGUAAAAAUAAUUUAUCUCAUCAAAUAUCAUUGCAUAAUCAAUAUGAUCGACGAUUUUGUUUAAAUAAUGAAACAUCUUAUUUACCAAGUAUACCAAUUAGUUUAUUAACAAAUCGUCUAAGUACUUUUCGAUAUCCAUUACCAUCAAAUGAAAUUAUUUUAUCUUAUGAACAAAAUGAACAAUUACUACAAAAACCUCAAAUUCAUGAAGAUGAUCAUCAGUAUUAUGAAAUUGGUUGA